UUUGCCAUGCGCUUUUCUUUGGGUCGUCUUUGGGGCUGCCGGCUGUUGUUGGUGUUGAUGCUCUGCCUAAAUAGCUGGAUGUCAGUGGGUUCCAUCAAUUGCCAGCCUUGUAAAUUGCUAGAGGCGCGCAAAGCACAUGCAAAUGAAACGCCGAACAAUUUCAAUGAUACGGCUGCUAUAGCAAAACAUUGAAAACAACAACGAACAACGAAAAAAUAUACGAAUAAUUUGAGAGCGAGGUGUGCGGGCGCAAGUGUUUUUGUUUUCAAGUGGAAUCACACUCAAACAGACAAACAAUCAUUCCCACUUGUUGACUAAUUAGCAAUACUGACGCAUACCCGGAGAGUACUCGACUUUUCCACACAAUACAAUUGCUUUGCUUUGCUUUACUUUGCUUUUGAGGCUCAGUACA